AGCUGCCCUACCCUGCCCUCUCGUGGUGUGGCUGUGCCGGUGGCAGGCGCGGGGGGCACCGGGAGCCGUGCCGCGGAGUCAGGGCCGCGCUAUGGGCGCCAAGCGUCGCGGGGCCGCCACAGCAGCACCGGCGGGAAGAAAGCGGGGAAAGCGGGAGGCGCUAGCGGAGCUCAGCGACAUCCUCCGGGACACGGCACUGCGGGAGCGGGCGGCGGAGGCCUGGGCCCGUAGGGAGCAGCUCCGACAUGAGGUGGCGGCGGUGGAGCCGACCCCGUUCCGGCACGGCGUCAUUCCCGGUUUCCUGGCGCGUGCGGCCUUCGCGGAAGCGCUGCGGGACGAGCUGCUAGGCCUCGGCUUCCGCGGGCGGCGGAACGACCUUCUCUCGCUGCGGCAGUCCGAGGAGCUGAGGGGAAGCUUGGAGCCGCACGUCGCCGCGCUGAGGCAUGCUCUAUGUGAAGAAUUCCGACCGUGGCUUUCUGCCGUGACACAGAUAGAGCUGGAGCCAACUAUUGAUAUCUCCUGUGCUAAAUAUGAAUAUACUGAUGUCUUGCUGUGCCAUGACGAUGAGUUGGAAGGUCGGAGAAUUGCUUUCAUCCUGUACCUCGUCCCACCCUGGGAGAAAAGCGACGGGGGAACGCUGGACCUGUACAGCACAAAUGAACACUUUCAACCCCAGCAAAUUGUCAAGUCAUUGGUACCUUCAUGGAACACCCUGGUUUUCUUUGAAGUGUCUCCAGUCUCUUUCCACCAGGUGUCCGAAGUUCUGUCAGAGGAGAAGUGCCGCUUGUCAGUGAGUGGCUGGUUUCAUGGCCCAUCAAUAGUCAGACCUGCAGGCUGCAUUGAAGCUCCCCUGCCCAGGAGUCCACACAUACCCUACAAUCAUGAAAUCUUGUAUGAGUGGAUCAGCCUAGUUUAUUUGGACAUGGACUCCCAAGCUCAAAUCCAGGAGGAAUUUGAGGAGCGAUCAGAAAUUCUCCUGAAAGAUUUUCUCAAGAAAGAGAAAUACCAACUACUGUGUGAAGCUUUGGAGAACAAAGAUAUCCAGUGGAGUAGUCAGGGGCCUGCCAAUAAAAGACUCUAUGAGACAGCAGAGGAAGACAGCCUCCCUGAAAUCCUGGAUAAAUUCCUGCAGUUCUUACGCUCUGAGGCCUUGUUUUUACUGCUGUCCAACUUCACUGGCCUAAAGCUGCACUUUCUGGCUCCCUCUGAUGAGGAUGAAGAUGCUGGGGAAGGAAAAGCCACAGACACCACUGGGUACAGCAGUCCCAAACCUGAGCAGGAAGAGGCUGAACACUAUGCUGACAGCAAACCCCAUCAACCAGACCAGCCUGAUCAUGUCCACAAAGCACAAGACAGCAAGACACAGAAUGGCUCUGGUAUCCCUGUAUGUGCAGGGGAGCUGAGACGCUGGACCCACGGACAUUAUACUCUAGUCCAUGACACUCAAGCAACAGAGUUUGCACUUGACUUGCUCUUUUUCUGUGGCUGUGAGGAUUGGGAUCCAGAAUACGGUGGCUUUACUUCAUACAUUGCUAAAGGUGAAGAUGAAGAGCUGUUGACAGUGAAUCCAGAGGACAACUGCCUGGCUUUGGUUUAUAGAGACAAAGAAACUAUGAAGUUUGUGAAGUACAUCAAUCACCGUAGUUUGGCACGUCUGAACAAGCACCCAAACAGAACAGGAUUUUGGGAUUUUUCCUUUGUCUAUUACGAGUAAUGGUGCAGAGUGUGACCAGAGAACACAGAGUGGGGAGGGGGCAGGUUUCUGUCCAGGCCUUCAGCUGGGAUCUCUCUAAGCCCAGACAGACUUUGCUGAUGCCAGGUUCAUCAGGCUGUACACAAGCUGUACCCUACCACAUAGGGUUCAGGUGACUUCAGUUUACAAAUGGAACCAUCUGCUUUUAAUGCUGCGUGGAGGGGAUCGGUUUGACACAGCUGUCAGCUUACUAGCUGUUCUCUCAUGGAAACAGUUUAGUGUGCAUCUAACCUGAAAAUUACAACUGUACAUUGCCCCAGGCUGAUGACUGAUUUUAUUAAAAGAAGAAAGAAAGGAAA